UACAUGAAAGUAUGGUAGUCUCUUCUACUUUUAAGGUAUGGCAGAAUCGAUCAUUUGUGACUAAUACAAGGAACAUACAGAUGGACGCACGGAUUGACAAACAAAUAAAAUGAAAUAAUGUGCAUGUUUACCACAUUGUCCUCUACCUUUACCAAAGUUCACGAAAGCUUCUCUUAUACUGUUAUGUAAUCGAAGAAUCCAUAAUUAUUUGUUGCCAUAGCAACAAAAUUAAAAGACACUGACCUUCCGUAAACCAAGCUGAAUAGCUUCCUCCCAUGAAGAAUUCAACGCACAUCGGUGAGGAGCAAGUGAUUCUAAGCCAAAGACCUUAACCACUCGGCCACGGAGGCCCUUGGUUGAUAUCAGUGGUACUGGGUGCGAUAACAUAUCCAUCGGAAAUCCUCUUUAUUUUUGGUUUGAUAUGUUAAAUUGCUUACAAAAUAUUGUAAUGCAUUCCAUUUUAAAGACAUGACUUUAAACGUAUGCAUUGUAUUUGAUUAACCUGUGAUAUAAACAAAGAGAUAAAGCAGUGUGAAGUGUAAACAACCGAAUGUUGUGAUAGGUUUUGAAAUAACUUUAAUGUUAGAGGUGGCGGAAACCUGUGUUUUGUAACAGUAUUUUUGCUUGAAGGAAUUUGUGUCUGCUCGGAAACAAAAAUGGAAUAUUAGAUAAAACAAAAUUUUGGGAAACGAUACGAAAAUGGUCAUCAAUAAAUGGAUGCACGAGAUUAGCACGUGAUGAACCGGAGAAAAAUAGAUUUCAAGGUGGUCAUCAUAGGUGACAGUUUCAUUGGCAAGUCAACGUUGCUAAAGAAGUUCGUUGGGAAAGCUGAUCUUGGCAGGUCACCAUUUGAGUCAUAUGAAGUACAAAGAGAUGGGGAGAAAAUCAUGUUGCAGAUUCAUGAUACCAAGGGUCAAGAGCGAUAUCGGAGCCUAACAUCAUCGUUCUACAGAGGAGCUCAUGGCUGUCUCGUGUGUUUUGAUGUCAUGAACAACUCCUCUUUUGAUGGGCUUAGACACUGGAUGGAUGAUGUCAGAGAAUGCGUGCGUGAAGACAUUCCUAAAAUACUGGUUGGAAUAAAUCGAAGCAAUGGCUACAAACAGACUUUGCAUCACUCUGAAAAACUUUCAAGAGACAAAAUAGAUAUGUUUUGUGAAUUACAUAAACUAGAUUAUAUUGAAGUUGAUCUGAAUGAUGUUAAACGUAUUUCAGAGUGUUUUGAGACACUCAUUGAUAUGAUAAUUGAAGAAAGAUGUAGAAGAACCCGCGACAUAGGAGGAGAUAUGGACAUUAUACAUCACUCUAAACUGAGAGAGGAAAAGAAAGAAUAUAAGUGUGGGUGUUGAAUGAUGUCAAAAUAUCUUUGAAAUUUAAACAGACCUAUUUUUAAAGAGAAAGACGGGGAAAAGCCAGGUCUGACAAUGUUGUUGCUUGUCCUGACAAAAUCCUUUAGAUUUGUAACAAUGAGACUUUCUUGUAUUGAAUACUUCGAUUUUCUCUUUUGAAUAUCACAACGAGAUUGCACGAAUGGCGACCUGCCAUCAGUAAAGAAUUUUCAAUGUUAAAUUAGUAAUUGGCAAGGUUGGUUAGGUUAAAUUCUCGUUUAUGUUUCAGAAACAGUUUUUGUGUUCUGAAAGAAAAAUAUAUGUUUAUCUGAAGCCUAUACAGCCAUAGUGACCUGUGCCUUUACGUCAAAAUUAAUUUACGGCUUUUCCAUGAUGUGUUAAACUUUGUAUAAAAUCAUAACUACCAGACUCUUAUUCUAUUGCUUACUUGUAUACAUAAUAGCAUACAACAACAAUUAAUGAAUAACCGGAUGUAGUGAUCUAAAAUGACUGUAACUUGCUGUAGACAGUUCAGUGUGAACAACGGAAAAAUGUACGUGUGACAAAUAACUAAACUAUAUGUUUCAGUCUAAAGAAAUGUGAAUGUAACUGAGACAUCAUGGAACAGUGUGACUGUAGAAACUUAGUACGUGUGUUUAAAUUCAAGAAAGUUUAUGCCAGAAACGCGGGUGUACAUAACAUUACCUACCAAAACUGUCGUUAGUAAGUAGUAGGUACUAUAAUACGGUAAUUUCAAUUUUCAAUUAUUUUGCUUACAGCUGGUAAACCUGUUCUGUUUUAAAGUGUUUCCUUUUCACAAUGUAAACAAAAUAUGAUAUAAAGAUAUUUUCCAGUUUGUAUUCCACUCUCCACAUAUUCUGACUUUAUAAAAUUACUAUUUACAUUUACAAAAAUAAAUUUGUAAUGCUGUUUAUCAGCGGUUUAUGAUA